CAAAGAGAUGGCUCUCCUGCAUUCCGGCUCUAUCGCUGUUUACCCCUUUCCCUCGCCCGAUCCAAUAGAAGAAACUCGAACCUCAAACGCCAGUAGAAGUAAAAAAGGAAAAAAAUUUCAGAUUUUCUCUCAACUCUAGAAAGAUUGGUCCUUCUCUGCUAGGGUUAGAAUCCUCCAUCCAGUCACCUCCACGCCCCUCCUCCCAACCAUUCACCUCCGCGCUCUUUCAGAAUCUCCGCGUCGCAUACACAUGCUUGUUCCGGUAUUUAUAAUGAAUUUAUAGAUCGCUCCAAGCAUAUUGUUGAAAGCAAAAGCUGCAAUGUAUGCAAGGAGAUUCAAGUGCAGAAGUCAGAAAUGGACUUCCAUUUUUCAACAGUUCCAUCAUUCAAAUAGGCUACACCACUGUAGAUUUUCCCAUUCUAGAUCUCAUAGCUGGACUAAAUCCUCAAUAGACAACCAAACACACAGGACUGCGAUUAGGAAGUUUCAGUUGGAUCCAACUUAUAUUGGGUUUCAUGGGAGUUAUAACCCAGGUUGGACAUAUAAUACAUUGAGGUUUUACAGCUCAGAAGGUGAUGGGCGGAAUGCAAAUGGGGGUAAACAUGCACCCGUAAAAGAUGCAGCUAACUUUGAUAAGGAGAAGAUGCCGCCACUGCGAGAAAAGUUCACGGCAGAUGUGAGGCGUUGUGAAGAGCAUGCUCGGCUUGGGGAGCAUGAUCAACAGGAGUGGCUCAAUAAUGAGAAGUUGUCUUUUGAGAGUAAAAAGAGGGAUUCACCUUUUCUUUCCAGACGGGAGAGAUUCAAGAAUGAAUUCAUGCGGAGGGUGAUCCCUUGGGAGAAGAUCACUUUGUCUUGGGAAACAUUUCCAUAUUACAUUCAUGAACACAUGAAAAACCUAUUGGUGGAAUGUACUGCUUCUCAUUUGAAACACAAGAAAUUUGCUUCAUCUUAUGGUUCUCGAUUGGUAUCUUCUGGUGGGAGAAUAUUGCUUCAAAGCAUUCCAGGAACUGAGCUUUACCGAGAAAGAUUAGUGAGAGCACUUGCGCAUGAUUUACAAGUACCGUUGCUGAUACUUGACAGCAGCGUUCUCGCUCCACAUGAUUUUGGUCAAGAAUGUGCCUCAGAAAGUGAGACGGAUGCGGACAAUGCAGAAUCAGGGGCAGAAUGUACGUCAGAAUCAGAGGUUGAGGAUGAAAAUGAUGCAAGCAAUGAAGAAGAUUGGGCAAGCAGCAGUGAGGUGAAAUCUGAUUGCAGCGAUGAAGAUGAAAUUGACUUGCAAGCAUCUGCUGAAGCCCUCAAGAAGCUCGUCCCACAUGGCCUCGAAGAGUUUGCAAAGAGAAUCUCUGGAGAACCUGAAACUGCUUCGACCUCAGUGAAGCCUGAUGCUAUUGAGUCUUCUCAGCAAUCCAAGCGACCAUUUAAAAAGGGGGAUCGAGUGAAAUAUGUUGGGGCUUCUGUACGCGUUGAAGUUCACAACAGGAUUAUAUUGGGAAAAAUACCAACGUCAGAUGGCCCAACCAGUGCUUAUACAUUUAUCAGUGGCAGGCCCUUAUCAGGUGGUCAGCGUGGGGAGGUAUAUGAGGUCAAUGGGGAUCAAGUAGCUGUCAUUCUGGAUAGUUGUACUAACAAAGCAAAGGAUGAGAAAGUUACAGAACAAGCUGGAGAGCCAUCUAUUUACUGGAUAGACAUUAAGGACAUUGAGCAUGACCUUGAUACCCAGACUGAAGAUUGGUUCAUUGCAAUGGAAGCAUUAUGUGAGGUUUUGCCAUCCUUGCAGCCAGUUAUUGUCUACUUUCCAGACUCUUCUCAGUGGUUGACAAGGGCCGUUCCCAAAUCAAAUCGUAAAGAGUUUGUCCAUAAGGUGGAGGAAAUGUUUGACCAGCUCUCAGGACCUGUUGUAUUGAUUUGUGGACAGAACAAAGUUGAAACUGGGUCAAAGGAGAAAGAGAGACUUACAAUGGUACUCCCUCAUUUUGGCCGUCUUGGUAAACUGCCUGUGCCACUUAAACAACUUACGGAGGGAUUGAAAGCGACUAGGACAUCAAAAGAUAAUGAAUUAUACAAACUAUUCACUAAUGUUUUGUGCAUCCAUCCCCCAAAGGAAGAGGAGCUCCUUAAAACAUUCAAUAAACAGGUUGAAGAAGAUAGAAGAAUUGUGGUAGCUCGUAGUAAUCUUAUUGAACUACACAAGGUGCUCGAGGAGCAUGACCUAUCAUGUAUGGAGCUUCUGCAUCUAAAAACUGAUGGUGUUAUUCUGACAAAACAGAAAGCUGAGAAAGUUGUCGGUUGGGCCAGAAAUCAUUAUUUGUCGACCUGCAUUCUUCCUUCUAUAAGGAGUGAAAGGUUAACUUUGCCCCGUGAAAGCCUGGAAAUUGCAAUAUCGAGGCUAAAGGAACAGGAGAAGAUAUCUACAAAACCUUCGCAUAAUUUGAAGAGCCUUGCGAAGGAUGAGUAUGAGAGCAAUUUCGUUUCAGCAGUGGUUACUCCAGAUGAAAUUGGUGUCAAGUUUGAUGAUAUCGGUGCUCUGGAAGAAGUGAAGAACACAUUAAAUGAACUUGUAACUCUUCCAAUGAGGAGACCAGAACUUUUCUCUCAUGGAAAUCUGCUGCGGCCUUGCAAAGGGAUACUGCUUUUUGGCCCACCAGGAACUGGAAAAACCCUUCUUGCUAAAGCACUUGCAACAGAAGCAGGAGCGAAUUUUAUCAGCAUAACUGGUUCUACUCUUACAUCCAAGUGGUUUGGAGAUGCAGAAAAGCUUACGAAGGCCCUUUUCUCCUUUGCUAGCAGGCUAGCACCUGUUAUUAUAUUCGUUGAUGAGGUUGACAGUCUGCUAGGUGCUCGUGGUGGUGCUUUUGAGCAUGAAGCAACUAGAAGAAUGCGAAACGAAUUUAUGGCAGCAUGGGAUGGACUGAGGUCCAAAGAUAGCCAAAGAAUCCUCAUUCUUGGUGCCACAAAUCGACCAUUUGACCUUGAUGAUGCUGUCAUUCGUCGCUUGCCGAGAAGGAUAUAUGUGGACCUCCCAGAUGCUGAGAAUCGGAUGAAAAUUCUAAGAAUAUUUCUGGCCCAAGAAAACCUUGAUUCUGUAUUCCGAUUUGAUGAACUUGCCAAUGCCACUGAAGGAUAUUCAGGGAGUGAUUUGAAGAACCUAUGUAUCGCAGCGGCAUAUAGGCCAGUGCAAGAACUUCUAGAAGAAGAAAAGCAGGGAGGUACAAAUAAUGCACCACCAGUAUUGAGGCCUCUGAAUUUGGACGAUUUUAUUCAAGCAAAAGCUAAGGUUGGAGCAUCAGUUGCCUAUGAUGCCACAAGCAUGAAUGAACUCCGGAAGUGGAAUGAACAGUACGGAGAAGGUGGCAGCAGGAGACGAUCCCCAUUUGGCUUCGGAGUGACAGGCUGAUUCCUUGCUGAAAAUUCUUGUGUAACCCUAGGAAUGCCCAUCUUUUUGCUGUUUUUCCCUUCAUCCCUUUAGGUGUUUUAGUGAGAAUGUCUGUAACAUAUGAGUGCGAGGCCCUUACCCAUUUCUCAUAUUUUCUCUGUUUUGAUUAUGAAGUGUAUAUCCAGCUCUAAUUAUAUGUUUUAGCUAACAGCCCUUCAUAGCAUAUAUUAAUGCCAUUUAAUUUAUCUCAAAACACUAAUGAGGAAUUUACAUAAA